CCGCGUCUGAGCGGGGGCGGGGCCGCGCGUGCGUGCGGGGCGGCGGCGGGCGGGGUAAGAUGGCGGAACUGGGGAAGAAGUACUGCGUGUACUGCCUGGCCGAGGUGAGCUCUCUGCGCUUCCGCUGCACCGAGUGCGCCGACAUCGAGCUCUGCCCCGACUGCUUCUCGGCCGGCGCCGAGAUCGGCCCGCACCGCCGAUGGCACGGCUACCAGCUGGUGGACGGCGGCCGCUUCACGCUGUGGGGCGCCGAGGCGGAGGGCGGCUGGAGCAGCCGGGAGGAGCAGCUGCUGCUGGACGCCAUCGAGCAGUUCGGCUUCGGCAACUGGGAAGACAUGGCCGCUCACGUGGGAGCAUCCCGGACGCCCCAGGAGGUGAUGGAGCACUACGUGAGCAUGUACAUCCACGGCAACCUGGGGAAGGCCUGCAUCCCCGACACGAUUCCCAACAGGGUAACGGACCACACGUGUCCCAGCGGGGGCCCGCUCUCUCCCAGCCUGACCACGCCGCUCCCGCCCUUGGACAUAUCGGUGGCUGAGCAGCAGCAGCUGGGCUACAUGCCGCUCCGGGACGACUACGAGAUUGAAUACGAUCAGGAUGCUGAGACUCUGAUCAGCGGCCUGUCGGUGAACUACGACGAUGACGACGUGGAGAUAGAAUUGAAAAGAGCUCACGUAGACAUGUACGUAAGAAAACUCAAGGAGAGACAGCGGCGGAAGAACAUUGCACGAGACUAUAACUUGGUGCCGGCCUUCCUGGGGAAGGAUAAGAAGGACAAGGAGAAAACUCCCAAACGAAAGAUCACGAAGGAAGAGAAGGAGUUGAGGCUGAAGCUGAGGCCUCUGUACCAGUUUAUGUCCUGUAAGGAGUUUGAAGACUUCUUUGAGAACAUGCACAAGGAGAGAGUACUUCGAGCGAAGAUCCGGGAACUGCAGCGGUAUCGCCGAAAUGGAAUCACCAAAAUGGAAGAGUCGGCGGAAUACGAGGCAGCCAGACAUAAACGGGAGAAGAGGAAGGAGAACAAAAACAUGGCUAGCUCCAAGAGGGGGAAGGAGGAUGGUAAAGAAGGGGAAUUUGCUGCCAUUGAAAACCUGCCUGGUUUUGAACUCUUAUCGGACAGGGAAAAAGUGCUUUGCAGCUCUCUGAACUUGAGCCCUGCGCGUUACGUGACUGUAAAAACCAUCAUCAUUAAAGACCAUCUUCAGAAAAGACAAGGGAUUCCUUCAAAGAGCCGCCUUCCCAGUUACUUGGACAAGGUACUGAAGAAAAGGAUUUUAAACUUUCUAACAGAGAGUGGCUGGAUAUCCAGAGAUGCGUCGUGAAACCCACCGCAUCUGAGCCACCGCGUCAGAGGCCUGACGGGCUCCCUCCUUUUUUCCUGCCCUCCUCGGAGAUACAGAAAUUAUCUCAUUCAAAACAGACAAACUAAACAAAAAAAGCAAAAACAAAAAAACCCACGGUGUUCGUGGUCCAUGCUUCAAAUAGACUUCUGCUUUGGGUCACGAAAAAUACUGAAUUGUGAAACUUCUCCAUUAGAUUUCAUUACUCAUUAGAGUACACUGUUUUUGUUACAUUACUCAGAGAGAUUUCUCUCGUGUGAACCUGCUCAAGUCCAGUGGUUCUGGGGUGGUCACUUCACUCCUUACUGUUGGACAAGUGAGUGUCAAUGUCAUUCAUGAUCCUUGCCUUUUUUUUUUUCUUUCUUUUUUUGAAGGUGGGAGGUGGUGUUCAGCAAAUGAGUUUUUCCUCUCCCUGAUGUUGUUUCAGUCACAGUGCUGGCAGCCAAAUGGAGCCUGCAGAAAUCCUGAGCUGUCGGGUGUGGGGUGCAGGGGUUGGCGUGGCCGUUGCUGAGCUUUUGGAGCACUGCCCUUAGCAGCACAACCCAGGUGUCAGGACGUGGGGUGAGAGCUUCGUGGGGUGCAGCGGGGGGGGGGUUAGCCGUGAUGGGGAGCGGUAGGUGAGGUCCUACAGGUACUUGUGCUGCGUGGAAAGGGUUCUUGGAGAGCUGCCUUCACCUGGCUGACCCGGGUGUAUUCUUGGCCGGGCAGCUGCGUGCUCUGCACUGGGCUCAGCAGCGCUGUGAAGUGGCUGGUUCUGGCCAGCUGUGGCUUAGAAUACGCAGUGUGCUGCCCCCGGAGCCUCAGGCGGCGAGAUCACCACUUCUUCCUGCAGGGGGAACCUGCUCCUCCUCCUGUGCUGUGUUGAGCUUAUGCUCAGUGUAGCCCGAGGACAUGCAGCUGCCUCCUGAGUGCGGCUGGAGGGGGACAGGGAGCUCCGUUCUGAAGCUCACAGCGGCCACCGAGGUUGGUUUAAAAAAAAAUAAAAUUGAAAACUAAUUUAUAAACUAGCUCAAAAUGCACAGCUGCCGUGCUCCUGGAAUGCAGAGUGGUGGAUGCAGCCAUCGCAGGUUUCUGCCUGCACUUAUCUUGAAACGUUCUGGACUAAACGUGCUGCAGUUAGCGCCGUGGGGGCAGAACGGAUCUCAGUCCACCACGGCGGUCACUUUGGCAUAACCUCGUGGUGCCGGAGCUCUCUGAGGGCUGCGCUCUCUGCCGCACAGGCGUGGAGUCACAGUGCAGCAGGGCACAGCAGGAACACCUGAUCCACACCGUUGGUUUAGUAGUACGCGCCAGGUAAGGGAAAGAUGCUCAAGGAAGACUGGAAAAGGCUUUUUAUCUUCAUUUCAUUCUUAGAUUCCUGUGCUGGCGUCUAACCAAAUGAAUUUAAAAACAAAAAGUUGAAUCUUUGUGAAAGUCAUCAGUUUUAUUGCAUCCCAGCCCUGUGCAGGGCAGUGGGCAGCGGCUCCGCUGUGCGGACGUGCCAGGAGAUGGAGCUGAGUUGAGGACAGAUGUGAACACGGGAGGUGUGCUCUGCUUUGGAUGCCUCGGGCUGUAGUUGGUCAGGAGCCCAUGAAGUCUUAAAACCAGUAUUAGUUGUGCAGCUUGGCAGAGGUACGCUGACCAGAACUGGUUUUGAGUCAGUAUCUCCAGUAUGAUCAGAACAGUGCUACCGCUGAGAUCAGCGUACAGAGGGUACGGUUCUAAAGCCAGCAUUUCUAAGGAGAAGGGGGGAAAAACCAACACACACACACACACACACAAAAUAACUCUAGUGCCUUUUUGUUUUGAGCUUGUGGUGUUAUGUCCCUCCAGAAAAGGAAAGGGCUGUGUGCUCUCUGUUGGAAUGCUUUGGCUUACCUGGAAGCGGCUUCUCAGGCACUUGAGACAAAGCAGCGUAACUCACAGCAGCGUGCCAGUAGCUUUAAGAACCUCUUCCGCCCUACAUGCACAUACAGAGAGCACACAAGACAAGCUCAGAAGGUGUAAACCAUUGAUUAUUUCCUCUGUCCUUCUCCUGUGGGAAGGAAGCUCAGCCUUUCCAGCCUUGGAGUUAUGCAAUGUGGUUCUUCCUGUGACCGGUUCUGGCUGCUGCAAUGCACCAGUGGUGUGCGGGAGCCUCAGCUCUGCCCGCAGCUGGGAGGUUAACGCAAAAGUGGCUUUUCUGAUUUAUUAGUAUCUUCCUCAGAUCUAAAGUUUAUAUUUGUACCGUGCUUUGGCACACCUAAGCCUAACUGAAGCAAUAGCCUAAAGCCCAUCUGAACAAUAAUUAAAAAAAAAAUAAAAAAAUCUAGGCACCAAUGACUCAUUUAAAUGUCGUAGAAAUGAAUUCUGCCUUUACUCUUUGUAGUUUCUUAAUUCCUCAGCCCUUCCAAAAUGUUUCUUUGGUGCUAGGCGUAACUUAUUGAACAUCAAGAUGAAUGUAAAAUAAAAUAUUUUUAAUGUAUGAAA